AUGGGCGCCGGAUCGGGCCUCGCCCUCAAGGGCAUCCAGUGGUUCCUCCGCGGCGUGCAGUUCUGCUGCGCCGCCCUCGUCCUCGGCGUCUUCUCCUACUUCCUCGCCACCCUCUCCAACCACGACCUGCCCAUCGCCACGUCGGUCAAGGCCGUCGAGGGCAUCUCGGGCGCCGCCGUCCUCUACACCAUCGCCGCCCUGCUGCUGCUCUGCUGCCUCGCCGGCUUCUUCCUCACCUCGCUCAUCGCCAUAAUCCUCGACAUCUGCUUCAUCGGCGCUUUCAUCUACGUUGCCGUCGCGAACCGCAAUGGCGCCACCUCGUGCAAUGGGUACCUCGACACGCCGUUUGGGCGUGGCGAGGCCGGUGCUAUUGCGGAGGGCCGGACGGGUGGGUUCACUGCGCUGCCGAGUUUCCGCACCGCGUGUCGCCUGCAGACGGCGUGUCUAGCCGUCUCCAUCAUCAUCAUCUUCUUCUUCGUCUUCUCCAUCCUCAUGGAAAUCGCCCUCGUCCGUCACCACCGCAAGGAGAAGCGCUUCGGCCCCGGCCCGACCAACAACUACACCUCCGGCUACGGCACCAAGCGGACCGCCAGCACCGCCGGCGCGGGCGGCGGCUUCUUCGGCCGCUUCCGCCGCAACAAGAACGCGCCCGCCGCCGCCGACGACGCCAACGCCCUGCCCGAGCACACGCACCCGGGUCAGCUCGACCCCGCCGCGGCGCGCCAGAGCUACGGCACCGAGAACACGGCCUACUACGGGCACGACGGCCGCGGCGCGAGCGCCGACUACGCCAAGCAGGAGACGGGCUACGGGUACCCGAGCACCACGCCUUCCGCUGGCGGUUAUGCUUCUGUCCCGCAGACGACGAGCUACUCGCCUGCCCCCCCGGCGCAGACGGGUGGCUACCAGCAGCAGCCCACGACGGGCGGUGCCUGGCACGCGCAGCCGCAGAUCAACGAGCUGCCUGCCAACUAUCGCUACGGAGAUGGCGUGUAUGACCGCUAG